AUGGUAUUACAUAUGUAACAGAGAGUUAAGCUGAGGAAUUGAGCAAGGGUAAAUGUGAAUUGCCUCUCAGUCUGGCAUUGCUUCAUUAUGUUAUAAUAUGUCAUUUAUAAACUGUAUGUAAUUGUUAUUUCGACCGCUAGAAUGCGCGGGCAUGCACUCAGCGCCGACAUUAUUCCGAUUAAGCCACGCCCCCCAUUGUAUCCCUAUAAAUUGCGCCCUCACUCAUUUUUCGCGCCAGUUGCCGCUGAAGAGUCGUAAGAGUAAGAGCUACGGUCGGUAGGCUCUCGGGUUUUUUGCGACCAAGUGUCAAAUAAACGAAUUUGUAUUGCCGCACACAAAUACAAACUAUUUGUGUGCGGCAAUACAAAUUCGUUAAUUUAUCGAGUAUUUUGUGUCGUGCUUCACAUCAAUUAUAUUAAAUGAGUUUUUAAUAACGAUCUGGGAUAACCAGAUAAGCUUGUUGGCAUCUUUCUCUUUAUCAAAGAAGAACUCAAAGUGUUAGGCGAAUAUACUAGAAUUUUGUUUAUAUCUUUCCUUUUUGUUACGGCAGAAUUAAGUCGGAGACAACCACAAUUGUCUUGUGGGCGUUGUCGGGCGUCAUGAAUAACUCUAAAUAAGUUUAUAAACAUAAUUGUUAAAUUAACUAUAAAUAUAACGAAAUAUAUGCGAAAAAUAGUUUUAAAUCUAAUGGCGCAUGGAGAAUGUCUGAAAUAAUGAUACUUUUCCAAAUAGCUGGAAUUAUUGGUCCAAAUUUAGUUCUAUCAGUGGUCUUGUGUCUACAGGAAUACUGAAGUAGAGCCGAAUGCAUUUGAAUCAAAUCAUUCGGCAUUUCAAAAAAAAAAGAAAUGUUUACUAAAAUCUUCGAUUACUUGACUUCUCUUUUUCGCGGCAACGGUGCAGAAAGUGUCCCGAACGUUACUGAAAAAUCAUUCCCCGUCGCUCGAAAACCAACCGAGUCGAACCAGAAAGGCGCAUUAACCAUAGAUAAAAGGGGCCUUAAAUGUAGUGGCUUUGACUGGGAUUAUCCAAAGACUGUCUGGCAAACAGUUCUAUCAAUCCCCAUGACUGAGGAAACUAACAUUCCCAUGACUGAGAUGGGCAGUGACGAACCAAAAAAUUCACAGCUUGUCCCAGAUCCGGAAGAAGUCUUAGACGACUGUGGUUCGGGAAUAGAAAGAUUCACUAGGAUGAUCAAUUUUACAUUGGGCGUGCUUGUCUUCUUUCUCCAGUUGUGGGCCUUACUUAUUUCAACAAUGAAUGUGGAUAUAGACCCUACUGGCUUCUUAGUUGGCAUCUACCUCGUUAUGCUCGCAGCACUGGCGAUAUUCGAAAAGGUCAGGAGUAUUGAUAUUGCUCGCUGUUUGACUUUAUUCGCGAUCUUGGGGGUGGCUUUGAUUAUUUUAAAUUCUUGGAGUAUCUACCGUUGCCGGUAUGACUACUGUUCUACGAUUGGUACUUCUCCAGAAACCUUGGAUAUAUCGACUGCCGCAAGUUGCCGAUGUUUCACUCAACGGCUCAUUAUUGAUUCAUUUAUGGUUGCAUGUGGUGUUGGGAUCUUCAUUUUUAACGGAGUUCUCCUGUACGUUCUUUCCUUCAAAACUACAACGAAAUAGUUUUGAAAUAGAAUUUAAUGCAUGAA